CAGACGCUGGGUGACGUGGCCCGGGGGGUCCUUUAUAAACCCAUCUCUCUCCUCACCCGACUUUCAAGUUAAAACAGAGGGAACUCUUAACGGUGCUGUUCCAGCUCACCUGCCACGAAACUUGAAAAAGCGACAUUCUUUCCCCCCGUGGGCCAUAUUAAAAGGGACGACUUAUCAGGAGGGUGCCAAUUAAAAAACAAAACAGACGACCAGCUGUCUUGCACGUUGUGAUUCGGAUCAUUUAAUCCAUCACUGACACCAGAGGCUUCUUCGCACGUACAUCCGAAAAAUCUCUAAGCUGCUUUUUUUUUGGUAACUCAUCCGAGUUUGAACUUUCCUCCGCGAGAGCGCGCUUGCCACCGAGCCGCUAAAGUUUUUUUCUUUUUUUGCGCACAAUUCAACACACAAGUGUCACCGAGGUAUAAAAGUGGACGCGGAAAAAGCCAUCAUGAUGAGCACCAACUACGGCGACGACCAGCUGCCCCCGCAGUACUACCAGGCCACUGAUUUCGGGGAAGAGGAGGAGGACGAGAUGCCCGCCACGGAGAAGGACUUGGCCGAGGACGCGCCGUGGAAGAAGAUCCAGCAGAACACCUUCACCAGGUGGUGCAACGAGCACCUCAAGUGCGUUAACAAGACCGUCACCGACUUGCAGAAGGAUUUUAGUGAUGGGCUGAAGCUCAUUUCGCUCUUGGAAGUUUUGAGCCAGAAGAAAAUGUACAGAAAGCACCACAACAGACCCAACUUCCGUCAGAUGAAACUGGAAAAUGUUUCUGUGGCACUAGAGUUCCUGGACAGAGAGCAUAUCAAACUGGUCUCAAUAGAUAGCAAAGCCAUUGUGGAUGGGAAUCUAAAGCUAAUCCUGGGUCUUAUCUGGACUCUCAUCCUCCACUACUCCAUCUCCAUGCCCAUGUGGGAUGACGAGGACGACGAGGAGGUCAAAAAGCUGACCCCGAAGCAGCGCUUGUUGGGUUGGAUACAGAACAAGGUGCCUCAGCUGCCAAUCAACAAUUUCAACCGUGACUGGCGGGAUGGCAAAGCCCUGGGAGCUCUGGUUGACAACUGUGCCCCUGGUUUGUGUCCGGAUUGGGCAGACUGGGACCCAAACAAGCCUGUGCAGAAUGCCAGAGAAGCCAUGCAACAGGCUGAUGACUGGCUGGGUGUGCCACAGGUGAUUGCCCCCGAGGAAAUUGUCGACCCAGAUGUGGACGAGCACUCGGUGAUGACCUACCUGUCUCAGUUCCCUAAGGCAAAACUGAAGCCUGGAGCUCCUCUCAAGCCCAGACAGCUUUUUCCAAACAAGGCCAAAGCCUAUGGACCAGGCAUUGAGCCUCAUGGAAACAAGGUACUGCAACCAGCUGUGUUCACUGUGGAAACUCUGGAAGCUGGCAGUGGUGAAGUCCUGGUCUACGUGGAGGAUCCAGAGGGACACAAAGAGGAGGCAAAAGUAAAACCCAACAAUGACAAAAACAGAACCUACACUGUCACCUAUGUUCCUAAAGUUGAGGGAGUUCACAAGGUGAAAGUGUUGUUUGCAGGCCAGGACAUUGACAAGAGCCCGUACACAGUGAAUGUGGCAAAAGCUUUAGGGGACCCGAGCAAAGUCCAGGCCAGGGGACCAGGUCUGGAGCCCACAGGCAAUGUGGCAAACAAACCCACAUACUUUGACAUCUACACAGCUGGUGCUGGUAAUGGCGAUGUCAGUGUGGUCAUCGUCGAUCCUCAAGGCAAAAAGGACACGGUGGAGCUCAUCCUGGAAAACAAAGGGGACAGUGUUUUCCGUUGCACCUAUCGUCCUGUUCUGGAGGGCCCUCACAAGAUUCAUGUGCUCUUCGCAGGCCAGGAGAUCCCCAAGAGCCCUUUUACUGUCAACAUCGCAGAGGCUCCAACUGUUGCUCCUCCCAAGGGAGCGCCACUGCCGAUAACUCCUCAGUCAGUGCGCACCCCUCCUGGAGCGAAGGGUGCGACGGGGGCUCCUCCCCCAAAACCUGACCGUCCAACCAUAAACCCAAACGCUUGCAGAGCUACUGGCAGAGGGCUUCAGCCUACAGGUGUGAGAGUAAAGGAGGUUGCAGACUUCAAAGUUUUCACCAAGGGAGCCGGCAGCGGUGCACUGAGUGUCUCAGUCAAAGGACCAACUGGAGCAGAGGAGCAAGUGAAAGUGCGAGAUGUGGGGAACGGCGUGUAUGAGUGUGAAUAUUACCCCCUUAAACCUGGUAAAUACACAAUCACCAUCACCUGGGGAGGCCAGCCUAUCCCACGCAGCCCUUUCGAAGUUCAGGUGGGUGCGGAGGCAGGUUUUCAGAAGGUGAGGGCCUGGGGUCCUGGUCUGAAGACUGGCAUGGUGGGAAAAUCUGCUGACUUUGUGGUAGAGGCCAUUGGCACUGAAGUUGGAACGCUGGGCUUCUCGAUUGAAGGCCCAUCACAAGCUAAAAUUGAGUGUGAUGAUAAGGGCGAUGGCUCCUGUGACGUACGCUACUGGCCCACCGAGCCCGGUGACUAUGCUGUCCAUGUCAUUUGUGACGAUGAAGACAUCAAGGACAGCCCCUUCAUGGCUCACAUUCUGCCCGCAGCCAAUGAUGUUUUCCCUGAAAAGGUGAAAGCUUAUGGUCCAGGCCUGAAGCCGACUGGUGUCAUUGUGAACAAACCGGCCGAAUUCACUGUUGACGCUCGCAUGGCUGGGAAGGGUCAACUCAAGAUCUAUGCACAGGAUGCUGAAGGCUCCACCAUAGACAUCAAGAUCACUGACAGGGGAGAUGGCACAUUUCACUGUGUAUACACUCCUGUCAAGCCCAUUAAACACACCAUCAUCAUCACCUGGGGCGAGGUCAAUGUGCCCAGCAGCCCCUUCAGGGUGCUGGUUGGAGAGGGGUCUCAUCCAGACAGAGUCAAGGUCUAUGGGCCCGGAGUAGAGAAGACGGGGCUCAAGGCUAACGAGCCAACAUAUUUCACUGUGGACUGCAGUGAGGCUGGGCAAGGGGACAUCAGCAUUGGAAUAAAAUGCGCCCCGGGGGUGGUUGGGCCUGCCGAGACUGACAUCGACUUUGACAUCAUCAAGAAUGACAAUGACACCUUCACUGUCAAGUACACUCCACCCGGUCCAGGCCGAUAUACCAUCAUGGUGCUGUUUGCAGAUCAGGAAAUUCCAGUAAGUCCGUUCAAAGUGAAAGUGGAUCCUUCCCACGAUGCUGGAAAGGUGAGAGCAGAAGGGCCUGGCCUCAACAAGACAGGUGUGGAGGUGGGCACUCCAACCCACUUCAAUAUCUACACAAAGGGAGCUGGCAAGGCCAAGCCUGAGGUGCAUUUUGCUGCGUCAGGCCCAGGAGAGGCAGUUCGUGACUUUGAGAUCAUCGAUAACCACGAUUACUCCUACACUGUCAAGUACACGGCUCUUCAACAGGGCAACAUGACAAUAUCCGUGACUCACGGAGGAGAUCCCAUUCCCAAGAGCCCUUUCCACAUCACAGUGUCGCCAGCUAUGGAUAUCGGAAAAGUGAAAGUGGAGGGAUUAGAUACCAAAGUGGAGGUUGGAAAGGAUCAGGAGUUCACAGUUAACACAAAGGACGCUGGUGGGCAGGGCAACGUAGGUGUGAAGAUGACCUCGCCCUCUGGCCGACCAAUCCCGUGCAAGCUGGAAUCAGACAAAGCCAAAGGCGUUCACAGUGUGAAGUAUAUUCCCCCAGAAGAGGGGCAGUACAAGGUUGAUGUCAGCUAUGAUGGGAACCCUGUGAUGGGAAGCCCUUUUGGGGUUGAAGCAGUAAUGCCUGCUGAUCCAUCAAAGGUGCGAGCCUUCGGCCCAGGUCUGAAGGGAGGGGUUGUGGGUAAACCAGCUCCAUUCACUAUUGACACAAAGGGAGCUGGUGCAGGUGGGCUCGGCCUCACGGUGGAAGGUCCCUGCGAGGCAAAAAUUGAGUGCCAAGACAACGGUGACGGCACAUGCUCAGUCGCCUACCUGCCCACUGAGCCCGGCGAGUACUCCAUCAACAUCCUGUUUGCAGAGCAGCACAUUCCAGGCUCUCCCUUCAAAGCUGCAGUCCGCCCAGCCUUUGACCCCAGCAAGGUGACGGCUAGUGGGCCCGGUCUAGAGAGGGCCAAGGCGGGUGAACCAGCGACCUUUACUGUGGACUGUACCAGAGCAGGCGACGGCGAGCUCACUAUCGAGAUUGUGUCAGAGACUGGGGUUAAGGCGGAAGUGCACAUUCAGAAAACGGCUGAAGGCACCUUUUCUGUCACAUACAUCCCACCCUUCCACGGCACACACACCAUCACGAUCAAGUACGGCGGAAACGUGAUUCCCCACUUUCCAAAGGUCCUGCAGGUCGAGCCCUCUGUUGACACCACGGGUGUUCACGUCUACGGGCCUGGAGUGGAGCCCAGAGGUGUUCUCAGAGAAGUCACAACCCACUUCAUUGUGGAUGCGCGCGCCCUCAACAAGGUUGGAGGAAAUCACGUGAAGGUUCACAUUAUCAACCCCUCUGGCACCAAUACAGACACCUACAUUACUGACAAGGGAGACGGCACCUACAGAGUGGAAUAUACGGCGUUCGAGGACGGGAUGCAUCUGAUUGAAGUGCUGUAUAAUGACGCGCCGGUGCCUAAGAGUCCCUUCAGAGUGUCUGUGGUGGAGGGAUGUGAUCCAACCCGGGUCCGUGCCUUUGGACCAGGUCUGGAGGGAGGAAUAACCAACAAACCAAACUGUUUCACCGUAGAGACCAGGGGUGCUGGUACAGGAGGCUUGGGUCUGACCAUCGAAGGAGCCUCAGAGGCAAAAAUAUCCUGCAAGGACAACAAAGAUGGCAGCUGCAGUGUGGAGUAUGUGCCCUUCACUCCUGGAGACUACGAUGUGAAUAUUAACUACGGAGGUCACCCGAUCCCCGGCAGUCCGUUCCGUGUGCCAGUUAAGGAUCCCGUGGAUCCCAGCAAAGUAAAGUGCUCAGGUCCAGGUCUGGGUGCUGGAGUGAGAGCCCAUGUUCCUCAGACUUUCACUGUGGAUUGCACCAAGGCUGGACAGGCCCCACUGGAUGUCAAACUCUAUGGCCCAACAGGGACCGUGGAGCCUGUUGGUGUGAAGAAUAACGGUGAUGGAACCCACACAGUUCACUACACUCCAGCCCAGGAUGGCCCGUACACUGUAGCAGUCAAAUAUGCUGACCAGGAAGUCCCACACAGUCCAUUCAAGGUAAUGUCUCAGCCUGGGCACGACGCCAGUAAAGUACGUGCCAGUGGCCCUGGUCUCGAUACCAAAGGUGUGCCCGCUAGCUUGCCUGUUGAGUUCACCAUUGAUGCUCGUGACGCUGGAGAGGGACUGCUCACUGUGCAGAUUCUGGACCCAGAGGGAAAGCCAAAGAAUGCAACCAUCCAGGACAACAGGGAUGGCACAUACACGGUCUCCUAUGUGCCUGACUCUACUGGCCCCUACACUAUCACCAUUAAAUAUGGAGGAGAUGAGAUCCCUUACUCCCCAUACCGUAUCCAGUCUCUGCCCACAGGAGAUGCCAGCAAAUGUCGCGUCACAGUUUCUAUUGGAGGACACGGCGUGUCAAGUCUGCAAAAGCUGCAGACCUCUGAGGAUACAGUUAUAACAGUGGAUGCCAAGGCUGCUGGGAAAGGCAAGGUGACCUGCAAGGUUCUGACCCCACAGGGGAUGGAGGUGGACAUGGAUGUGGUGGAAAACCACGAUGGCACCUUUGACAUUUACUAUACAGCACCUGAACCUGGGAAAUAUGUAAUUACCAUCCGCUUUGGGGGACAAAACAUCCCUAAAAGCCCCUUCCAUGUGAUGGCCACAAAUGAGCCAGUCGUUCCCCGGGAUACUGUGGAUCCUCUCUUCCGUCCCGUUAACUUUCUCGUCCCCUUCACACCACAGCAAGGCGAAAUCACAGGUGAAGUGCGGAUGCCUUCUGGCAAGACUGCUCGCCCACACAUCACUGACAAUAAGGAUGGCACAAUCACUAUUAAGUACCAGCCCACGGAGAAAGGCCUGCACGAAAUGGACAUCAAAUAUGAUGGAAACCACAUACCAGGAAGCCCUCUGCAGUUCUUUGUGGAUGCAGUGAACAGUGGAGUGGUGACUGCUUAUGGCCCAGGUCUGAGUUAUGGCAUGGUCAACAAGGCUGCCACUUUCACAGUGGUCACGAAGAAUGCAGGAGAAGGUGGUCUGUCGCUAGCAGUGGAGGGCCCCUCCAAGGCUGAGAUCACCUGCAAGGACAACAAAGACGGCACCUGCACUGUGUCCUACCUGCCCACAGCACCCGGAGACUACAAUAUCAUUGUCAAAUUUGACAACAAGCACAUUCCUGGCAGUCCCUUUACUGCCAAGAUCACUGGGGAUGACUCCAUAACCAGAACAUCCCAGCUGAAUGUCGGCACAGCGGCCGAUGUGUCCCUAAAGAUCGCAGAAACUGAUCUGAGCUCUCUGACUGCCAGUAUCAGAGCCCCAUCUGGCAACGAAGAGCCGUGCCUACUUAAGAGACUGCCCAACAGACACCUCGGCAUCUCUUUCACUCCUAAGGAGGUUGGUGAGCAUGAAGUGAGCGUUAGGAAGAAUGGCAUGCAUGUGGCCAACAGUCCUUUCAAAAUCAUGGUUGGCCAGUCAGAGAUUGGUGAGGCCAGCAGGGUGAAGGCUUUCGGUAAAGGCCUGGUGGAGGCACACACUUUUGAAAUGGCUGAAUUCUUUGUGGAUACUAGGAAUGCAGGUUACGGAGGUCUGGCACUGUCAAUUGAGGGUCCGAGCAAAGUGGACAUCAACUGUGAAGAUGUGGAGGAUGGGACUUGCAGGGUGACCUACUGCCCAACAGAGCCUGGAAGUUACACUGUUAACAUCAAGUUUGCAGAAAAGCACAUCCCAGGAAGUCCUUUCACAGUGAAGGUGACCGGAGAGGGAAGGAUCAAGGAGAGUAUAACUAGGAAGAGACAGGCCUCAUCCAUUGCGUCAGUGGGAAGCACAUGUGGUCUUAACCUUAAGAUCCCAGGAAACUGGUUCCAGAUGGUUUCAGCUCAGGAGAGGCUAACGAGGACAUUCACUCGCAGCAGCCACACUUACACCCGCACCGAACGCACAGAGAUCAGCAAAAUCCGCGGUGGAGAGACCAAGAGGGAAGUACGAGUGGAGGAGAGCACUCAGGUGGGAGGAAGAGGAAGCCCAUUCAGAGAUGUUUUUGGAGACUUUCUAGGCAGAGAGAGUCUCAGCAGCUUCGCCGGCAUCACUGCCAGACCUGAGGUUGAGAGUGGUUCCCAGGCCAUGACAGCUCAGGUGACCAGCCCCAGUGGGAAAACAGUGGACGCCGACAUCGUGGAUGGAGGCAGCAGCACCUACAGUGUGCGCUUCAUCCCUCAGGAAAUCGGACCCCACACAGUCAACGUCAAGUACAGAGGCCAGCACGUCCCCGGUAGCCCCUUCCAGUUCACCGUGGGUCCCAUGGGGGAGGGUGGAGCACACAAGGUCCGCGCAGGCGGUCCCGGGCUGGAGAGAGGCGUUGCUGGAGCGCCUUCUGAAUUUAGUAUCUGGACCAGAGAGGCAGGUGCUGGUGGCCUGUCCAUUGCCGUGGAGGGGCCCAGCAAGGCUGAAAUCUCAUUUGAGGACAGAAAAGAUGGUUCCUGCGGUGUCUCCUACAUAGUGAAAGAACCAGGUGACUACGAGGUGUCAAUCAAGUUCAACAACGAGCACAUCCCUGACAGCCCCUUCAUCGUUCCGAUUGCUACACUGUCAGACGAGGCCCGCAGGCUCACUGUCACAAGCCUUCAGGAGAAAGACUUGAAGGUGAACCAAGAGGCAUCUUUCAUGGUGCAGCGCAACAGCGCCCGAGGUGUGGUUGAUGCCAAAGUCCACACCCCCUCUGGCUCUUCUGAGGAAUGCUAUGUCACCGAGCUUGACAGCGACAAGAGUGCAAUCCGCUUCAUUCCACGAGAGAACGGAGUUCACUCCAUAGAUGUCAAGUUCAAUGGAUGCCACAUUCCUGGGAGCCCAUUCAAAGUGCGAGUGGGAGAUCCAGGGCUUAUUGGAGACCCUGGCAUGGUGACUGCACAUGGCCCUGGACUGCAAGGGGGAACCACAGGUGUACCCUCAGAGUUUGUGGUCAAAACCUGUAACGCAGGCUCCGGCACUCUGUCGGUCAACAUCGACGGGCCGUCCAAGGUCAAGAUGGACUGUCGGGAGUGUCCUGAAGGCUAUAAGAUCACCUAUACACCCAUGGCACCCGGCAACUAUCUCAUCACCAUCAAAUACGGCGGGCCACAGCACAUAGUGGGCAGCCCUUUCAAAGCCAAAAUAACAGGCCCGAGGCUUUCUGGGGGACACAGCCUCCACGAGACCUCCUCCGUCUUGGUCGAAACGGUUACCAAAACAUCCAAAGUGGGUGGUGCUUACAGCUCCUCCUCUUCUACCACCUCAUCCAAAAUGACGUCAGAUGCUAGCAAGGUGGUUUGUCGUGGAACAGGGCUGUCCAAGGCUUUGGUUGGGCAGAAAAACAAUUUUACUGUCGACUGCAGCACAGCAGGUACCAACAUGCUGAUGGUGGGCGUGCACGGACCCCAUGCUCCCUGUGAGGAGGUCUACGUCAAGCACAUGGGCAACAAGCUCUAUAACGUCACCUAUACCGUGAAGGACAAGGGCAGUUACACCGUCAUUGUUAAAUGGGGCGACGAUAACGUGCCAGGAAGCCCGUACAAAGUGGCUGUACCAUAAAAAAAACAGCAACAGUGACAAAAAGACUCCAUCCCUUCUGACCCUCCACGCUUUCCUCCUCAUGUGCAUGCAUCAUUCAGUGCUUCAUUUCUGGCACCGCUGUUUGCUCUUCAGCAAGGAUCACAAUCUACUAAACAUGCAAGAAAACCUGCAAGGACAUUUGCUUACAGAAUUACUGAUGGCAGAGAAGCUAUUGUGCCAAAUUAUUGUUUAAACUUCAGAUGAUGUGUGCGUGUACACUCACAGGUAUGCAUCCACAUUCAGACGGGUGUGGGGGCAGCACUGUGGUUCAGAAGUCCUUGAGCGACCCCCAAAUGGCACAAGUACACGAAUGUUAAACAGAUGCUAGAGUAACAGUGUUUAGAGUGUGAUACAGUAUGGUUUUGUAUGAUUUAAGAAUGACAAAAUUGACUUUUUUUUGUUAUAUUAACCUUUUUUUUUUUGGUAAGUCUUUGCAGACCUAAUAAAGAUUUAAUUGCUAACUUUCCAGAUGAAAA